AUGGUAGCUCCAAGCGCCAGAGUACUAUUGACCCUCAAGCCUACGCCCAACCCCAAAGUCGUCGCAGCGAGCAUCUCCCUCGUCCCUCCCCGCCGACUGCUGAACCCCGAUAUUCCGAGUCCACUCCGCGUCUCCCGGGUCUCUCUCCGCCCAACGAACAAGCCGAGUUUGAAAGUCCAACCGAUGCUGCGCGGGGGCUUCAGAUCCCUGGCGAGCAGGGGGGGUCAUGGCCAAGCCCAUGGCCAUGCGGUAGACCGGUCCGACUUUGCGGGCUCUUCCUCUGCCGAGACUUCUAGUCUGCGGAGGAACCGCUUCAGCUUCAUGAGACUACGCCAUGCCUCCGAUCCCCAGCUUUCAAAAAGCUACACCAAAGCCCAACAAGAAGCUCCCCCAGUGCCGUCUCUACCACCCCCGAAGAUUAUCACCACUGCCCCGACGAGCAAUGAAUUGGACCAACCAGUGAAACAACGGAAUAAAUUCUCCUUCCGUCCGUCAUCCCGUAAACAAUCCAUGGAGGAUCUAUCACGGAAUUCGACGGAUCAACCAAGAUUGAAACAGACUCGGAAGAACCAGGGCUCGACCGACUCCCAGAUCGGUGACUCGAGCCUUUCGACCUUCCAAACAACUUCCGAGACCCCCGGCCGACUCUCAACGAACUCGCUAAGAGGAGGCAGCCGGGAUCAACCCGUCGAUUCCAAUCGAUCCUCUGCCGUAGACCCCCGGUUCUCUGAGUCGUCGCGGUCAGACCAGAGCUACGGGGACCAAGUUCCGACAUAUCAGACCAACUCUCCUCGCGAAGGCCACGGUUCUACAUCGAGCGCCAAACGAUUCCGCUUACCCCGUCUCAAGCGCAAUAAGAGUCCCCUGUUCCCACUUCCUCCCCGGCCAACUCCCAGCAGCCGCGCGCUGGACGCCGCCCCCAAGUUCUCUGCCGAUACCCCCAAGUCGGAGGGCUCGGUGGAUCACGACCAGGUCUCACCUCUUCCCUCGCCCUCGCGUUCCUCUGUCGGGCUAGCCUCUUCGGUUCCCCCGCAACUCUUCCGUAACGACUCCACAAACUCCGCUCGUUCCUUGCGCUCCAAUCCGUCCCACAAUGGCCGUGGUCGAUCUUCAACAAUGGGGUCUGUGGCUGAGAAUCAGGAUGAUUUAUCCCCCGUCCCAUAUCUCGCUUCCUCAGGACGCACUUCGACUUCUACCAGUGGCCGCAAGAGCUUCGGCGAUCUUUUCAAUAUUUCUCAACGUUUGCGUCAGAAUUCUGAGCCCCCGUUCCCUCGGCAUGGUUCCCCAGGUGUUGGCGGCCCUGGAUCGUUGACUCCAGCUUCAAAGCCCGAUUUACCACCAGUCCCAUCGCGGGAGGAAGACGAUACGCCAGCCAGCUUUCUCACAAAGCUCGAAGAAAACCUUCCAAAGGGAUCGAUCGCCGGUAUUCUUGCUCAGUCGGACCAAGAAUUCUUCAAGGUUGCUCUCAGGAAAUACAUGCGAGGGUUCCACUACUUCGGCGACCCCAUCGACAUGGCCAUUCGUAAGCUGUUGAUGGAGGUGGAGCUGCCAAAGGAAACUCAGCAAAUCGAUCGUUUCCUCCAAGCAUUCGCAGAUAGAUACCACGAGUGCAACCCAGGUAUCUUUGCAACCACUGACCAAGCAUACUUCAUUGCAUUCUCGAUUUUGAUUCUUCACACCGACGUGUUCAACAAGAACAACAAACGGAAGAUGCAGAAGCCCGAUUAUGUGAAGAAUACCCGCGGUGAGGGCAUCUCCGACGACAUUCUAGAAUGCUUCUAUGAGAAUAUCUCCUAUACUCCAUUCAUCCAUGUCGAGGAUGCAAAUGUGCGCGAACGCAAUCUGGCCAAGCCACGACGAGCUUUGUUCAAGAGUACAAGUUCCGAGCAUUUGUCACGGGUAUCAAGAGAGCCUGUGGACCCGUAUGCACUCAUUCUCGAUAGCAAACUCGGGUCUCUAAGGCCCACCUUGAAAGACGUCAUGGAGCUUGAGGAUACCUACAAUCACGUUGGAACCGACGGACUGCCGGACAUUGAUGACUUACACCAGGCUUUCACCAAGUCGGGCAUUUUGCAGAUCAUAUCUCUCCGCUCGCGCCCGGAUGCCUUCAUGCAAGGAGUUCUUGACAGCUCUGCGGACUCUAAUCCCGGUCUGGUAGACAUUAAAGUCGCCAAGGUUGGUCUUCUCUGGCGGAAAGAUCCGAAGAAGAAGCGAGCCCGAUCCCCAUGGCAGGAAUGGGGCGCGGUUCUCACCUUCUCACAACUCUACUUUUUCCGCAAUGUCAACUGGGUACGCUCGCUCAUGGCGCAAAGUGAUGCGUACGUGAAGGGUGGACGGAAGGCGACUUUGGUAUUCCGACCUCCGCUUGCCGAAUUCAAGCCCGAUGCGAUCAUGUCGACCAACGAUGCCGUAGCGCUCUUGGACACGGAUUACAAGAAGCACAAACAUGCGUUUUCGUUUGUGCGACGUAAUGCGAUUGAAGAGAUCUUCCUUGCGGACUCAGAAUCUGAAAUGAACGACUGGAUUUCGAAGCUUAACUACGCCGCCGCCUUCCGAACGACCGGCGUUCGUACUAAGGGUAUGAUCGCUACGAACUACGAGGGUCAACGGUAUCGCAAGAGCCAGCGAAUGAAUUCCAUCUCGUCAGUCCAGUCACACCAAUCCUCGGAGAAGGAACCUCCCUCGCCCAGCAUCGACACCGAUAUCGUGGCAGAGUUUGUUGCUGCUCGUCGUCAAUUGAUGAGCCAAAAGAUUCGGGAAACGAAUGAGAAACUCUUUGUCACACAGAGACAACUUGACGAGCUUCUCCGCAAUGCACGUCAUCUGCAAAUACUGACUCCUGUUCAUCCUCGUGCCCGUGAGAGUGUCAUCAUGGCUGCGGGUCGAAUGGCCGCCAAGCUUAAGUGGGUUAGGCAAGACAUCUGGCGCAACAAGUGCUACCGAGAGGUUCUCCUUCGGGACCUCGGUGGAGAUGAGAGCGUUGUUCCGGAGCGAGCGGCGUCAGUUGGCGAUGAGCCAGCCAGUUCCAUUCCAGCUCGGAUGGCAUCGGUCUCCGGUCCAUCGGUGAGAUACGAGCCUAGUAUCCAGCCCAGUAUUCAACAAGCGCCCAGCAUCGUCCAUACCGUAUCCAGCCAUGAUACGGAAGAGACUACUGCGGCACCGGUGGCUGUGGAAAGUCCUCUCGACCCUGCUCUCCUCAAGCAGCCAUCUAUCGAUGAGAUGCGCCGCCCCAGUCUUCCCGCAUCAACUACCUCCUCUGACUUUUCUCGUGUUGGCCGACCACUCUCAAUUGCCCUCCCUUCGGACAAAGGCAAGGCCUCUGACUCAGAUGUGCAACUUGAGCGUGAGGCUUCCGUGCUUAGCCGCGUUAGCAGAUUUGAUGGUGCCAGUAUGAACUCUCGGGGCUCCAGGCUCACUUCCCCUGCCAGUUACGACGAAGGCGAGGAACGCCUGCUGCGCGAAACAGGGUUGUUGGAUUUGAGUGGUUCCCCCCCACCGCGAAAACCACCAACAACUGUACAGGAAGCCGACGGCGAGGAGAAACCUGGUGAAUCAUCCGAAGUGUCUCAAAGUGACAGGGCCAGCCGUGUCCGCCGCAGCUUGCAUCGCUCACUGCGCGAAUCCCCUCAUAUCCAUAUGAACCGGCACCAUUCGCACACCCGCAGCAAAAAGAAUCGCGGAUCAGUUUCCAGCAUUGGGCCUCUUUCAGACGAUGACGCUGCCCAUGAAGGUGGCCUUUCGCGCAAGACACCCAGCUUCACUGUGCAUGGCAAAAAGGCUUCCGUUGUAACCUUCGGAUCCGAGUGGCAAAACAUGCCCCCUGAGGAACGUCUCAAGCUUAGGAAACCUACACCGCACGAUGAGCCACGCGCUUCUGAGCCGAACAUACUCAGUAGCGGCGAGUCAGUGAGAUCGGGCGACAUCCCAGAUGGCCGGCCACGAUCAUUCCGCAGCAUGAGCACGACGACUGGGAUCAGCAUGCGCAGUGACGACGAGCCGAUCGACUUCUUCAAAGAUGCACACGAAGAUCUACCCCGACCUUCUCAAGAUGUAGCUCCAGACGAAACGGUUGCCAGCGAGCCCCCCGAAUCGCCUUCCGGAACGAUCAUCCUUAACCACCACCACCUCACCCCGCCCCACGACGCACCAUCCUCAUCACCAAACCCUCUGGGUGCACCCCCGUCAUCCGAGAACCUUCGACAACAGGCAGUGGGUGUGUAA